AUGCAGGCGGUGAAGACGGGCGCGCACGGGUUCAAGAAAUUCUACGACGGGGUGCAGUAUGUGCUGGAGAUAGAGCCGGUGCUCACCAUACGGCGCAUUAUAUGGAUAGUGUUGGGCGGGUGGGUGGUGGCCGGGUUGUUUCUCUUCGCCGGCCUGGUCCUGUGCCUCACCAUCGUGGGCAUUCCCAUGGGCCUCGAAGCUUUCCGCUGGGCUAUUUGGGCCAUUCUGCCGAUCGGAUUCAAGCCGGUGCCGAUCCCGCCCGAAGAAGCCACAUCGGACUUGCACCGACCUGGCACCACCUACAACACCGCCGCCAAUGUCAUCUGGCUGGUGUGCUUUGGCUGGCUCAUCAUUCUAUCCCUCGUCAUGGCCUUCAUCAGCAACAUCAUCACCAUCAUCGGCAUCUUCACUGCGGUGCAGUUCGCCCGUCUGUCCAAGUUCUCGGUGUGGCCGUACGGCAUGAAGAUCGUCAGCAAGAAGAGCCUUAAGCGCAAGCGCAAGGAGGAGCGUGAGCGCGAGCGUGCGCAGCGGGUGGAGAUGGGCGUGGCGGGCCUGAGCGCGGCACAGACCACCACACAGGCACAAGCCUACUGA